GGACUGUGGUGCUUAGGGGUCCCUAAACAACUGUGCAGUCGCUCUAAAGACGGGAAUCUUGACUUUUGGAUUAUCCAUUCAUUUAUUCUGAGGGCAACUCACCCAACCAACUUUAACGGAUUGAACUGGCAGUAAAUUGCGCAGGACAAGAGCAACCUUACACGGGAUAACGGUCCUGAAUCUGGGUUUGUGAUGUGACCGUUGGCUGCGCCAAAGUGGCGCUUUUACGCACGAUGGAGGACCUUUUACGCGAGCAGGAUAGCUGUGCGCAGAAUGUGUCAUGGGGCAACUCAAGUCGUGGAAAUGUGAGCCAUUUGGGGAACACCACAGUGAAUCCUUUGAAACGGAAUGAAGAAGUGGCCAAAGUGGAAGUGACAGUCCUGGUCCUGGUGAUGCUGCUCGCUCUGACCGGCAACCUGUGCGUCCUGUGGGCUAUCCACACCACCAAGCACAGCCAGUCUCGGAUGUAUUACUUCAUGAAGCACCUGAGCAUCGCAGACCUCGUUGUUGCAAUCUUUCAGGUCUUACCACAACUCAUUUGGGAUAUCACGUUUCGCUUCUACGGGCCGGAUUUGCUGUGCAGGUUGGUCAAAUACGUGCAAGUCGUAGGUAUGUUUGCGUCUACCUACAUGCUUGUCCUGAUGUCCAUCGACAGGUGCUUAGCGAUCUGCCAGCCACUUCGAUCUGUGCACAAGAGAAAGGAUCGCUUCUGUGUGAUCGCCUCGUGGGUGCUUAGUCUGAUAUUCAGCACUCCUCAAGUGUACAUAUUUUCUCUUAAGGAGGUCGGGAACGGUGUGUAUGACUGCUGGGGGGACUUUGUGCAGCCGUGGGGCGCCAAAGCAUACAUCACAUGGAUGAGCCUCAGCAUUUACAUUUUCCCAGUGGCAAUUUUAAGCAUCUGCUAUGGCCUGAUAUGUUUUAAAAUAUGGCAGAAUGUCAAUUUAAAAACCAGGAGGGAGCACUUCCUUGCUCUAACUCCAAGGGCCUCCAAAGUCUCUCAUCCCCUCUCUCGUGUGAGCAGCGUGAGGCUCAUUUCAAAAGCAAAAAUCCGCACAGUGAAAAUGACAUUUGUGGUGGUCCUUGCCUACAUCGUGUGCUGGACUCCCUUUUUCUUUGUCCAGAUGUGGUCUGCUUGGGAUCCUGCAGCACCAAGAGAAGACAUGGCCUUCAUCAUCGCCAUGUUGCUGGCCAGUCUCAACAGCUGCUGCAACCCUUGGAUUUACAUGUUCUUUGCUGGUCACCUGUUCCGCGAUCUAAUGCGGUGCUUCUUCUGCUGCUGUAGACAGUACCUGACAACCUCCACCUGCAGCUGUGAUCGACAGUGUAGGCACAAGAGCAACUGCUCCACUUAUGUCAUCAAAAACCCAGCAGCCAGAGGAGCCUCACACACACGUCCAGCACAGGUAGACCUGGACACUGAAAAGCCAUCCAGGCUUCCUGCAGAUGAGUAAUCCAGCAAUCACGCAAGUUCUCCUUUCAAGCUUUUAAUUAUCUUCAACAGCACUGCAGAGGACAUUGCAAACAUGUUUGUUUUCAAAUAUUUGAAACUGAGCUAAAUAGACAAUGUAAACCUCCUGUCCAGACAAUACCCAGCACCCUGUGAUAACAGAGAACACAACGAAAUGCCUUUGUAUCCAAGAUGUGAACAGAAUGUGACGUAAAGUAAAGCUUCGUCUUCUACAGUGAAUGUGUGAACUCAGUUUGGAAAAGGAUAUGGACCCUCAGCUUUCCCCAAAUCACCCUUUUCCUUUUAAAAAUUAUAUGUUUUUAUGAUAUUGUGGGCUUCAGCAUUUCAAGAUUAAGCUUGAGAGCCUUUCUGUUUAAGCAACCAUGAGCAUUUUAAAAUUUCUUUUUAUGCCUCCAUCUUUCAGUCUUGAGUCUUUAAGUCAUGUUACAUCAGUUGUUGUCCUCAUUUGGUGGAAUUUCUCUAUGACAAAGUAAAGCCGAAUUCAUAACUGCAUUUUAAGAUAUUUGGCAGAUUACAAGAUAGUAUAAAUUCUUGAAAUGGAAAAGGAGGUUGUGCUUCAACAAUGGGAUUCUCAGUGGAGUGCUAAACCCAAAAUCCAGUGAGCAUUUUCCAAAAAAUAUUAAAAGGUAGCACAUCUCAAAUUUCCAAGUCAAUGAGGAAAAAAUACUAACAUUUCACUUAUUUAUUUGGCUCACAUCACAAUAGAAAAACGUUUACGUGUUUCAGCACAGAGCCUUCUUCAGCAUUUGAAGUAUACAGGUUAAAUUCUGUAAUAUACACCAUCGCAGAGUUAAUACACAGCUGGGAGUUGGACCCAAUUAUUUAGGAACCAAUCACUUUUCUUAUCCCAUGGUUCUAGAUACAACAGGGACCAAUCAAAACUAUAUAGUUAAAUCUGAUUUAAACCCCAUUGCAUACAAUAUGAAGCUUCACAAAACACUUUUUCUGGCCAUCACUGACUCACUAUUAAGACCAUACACUAGAUGGCAAUAAAGGGAUACAAAAAGUCCUAACUUAAAAAGUAUUUUAAACUGUAGUCAUCAUUAAGUUCAUCUGAUGUCAUAGUAUUGAGUGUGUAUAUCCAAAACAUUUCUUUCUGUGCCAGUUUCUUCAGAAUAUCACCUCCUCUUGUAAGCAUCAUUAUUUUCUCAAUCUCACAGAAUUUUAAUGAAGAGAGUGAACCGAGAUUUGCUUCAGCAUAAUGUUUUGCAAUUGCAUAAUGUACGGAUUGCAAUUUUGUGCUCCAAUAUUUGUUGUUCAAGGGGUCGUUGGGUUUGUCCAGGGUAUGCAAGACCACCUGAUGUGAGCCAAAUAAACAAGUGAAAUGUUAGUGUUUUGUCCUCCUUGACUUUAAAAUUUGAGAUGAGCUACCUUUUUAUAUUUGGAACAUGUUCACAGUAUAAAUUCUUGAUGUGCGCAAAUUCAGACUGUUGUGAAUAUGUAAACCCCUUUUAAAGCAGUAUUUGUGAAAACAUUCUAUAUUGUUGUUAUAUCAUUAUUAUAUGAGUGGUUAAAUCAACAUCUUAAUGUGCAUGAAUGACAUUUAUGAUACUGAGGGUAUUAAGAUGAUAUGUACUUUCAAGGUUUGGCUUAAUACAAAUACCACCAUCAUAAAAAAUAUCGAAAUCUAUCAAGAAAACAGAAUCCAUAGGAACGCAUUUUAGCUAAAGGAGGCUGGUUUCAAUGUUUUCAGCAGACUUUCCUGUGCAAAAGAUCAAACUGUGUUUGUCUGUUAUGAUGUCAUAUAAAAUUCACUUUGUAAAUA